GUGUGGGCCCCGCCCCUCCCCGUGAAUGCGGUGUAUAGAUGGAGCGCUCUCCUGGCCGCACUCGCAGCUUUUCCUCUCCAGUCCGUGGGCAUUGUUGUAAAAACAGAAGGACAAUAGAGUGCAAGAAUAGAGUGACGGAUAAUAGAACCUCAAAAGGGGCAUCAGGGAAUCUGUCCUCUAUUGGACCUGAGUGCAUGAGGCACUAUAUGAGAGCCGUGUGUCGGCUGAAGUUUAGUUUCACAGGCAGCGAGCAGACAGAAAGAGGAGGCAUGACUCUGAGACGGAGUCCAAGUUUUGCGGUGCUGUGCGUUCAUGUGCUUCUGCGGUGCCUGUGGAUGAGGGUUUGUGAGGCAUCGGGGCACUUUGAGAUGCAGGUUUUGUCCAUGCAGAACUUGAACGGGGAGCUGCAGAGCGGCGCGUGCUGUGACGGCGCGCGCGUCGCGGCGGACCGCUCAUGCACGGCGGAUGAGUGCGAUACGUUUUUCCGCGUCUGUCUGAAGGAGUAUCAGUCGCGGGUGUCUUCGGGAGGCCCGUGCAGCUACGGAAGCGGAUCUACUCCCGUUAUCGGUGGGAAUACUUUUUCUGUCAAGCCGCUCGACGGCGCGAGCGAUAAAUCCAGGAUCGUGCUGCCCUUCAGCUUCGCCUGGCCGAGGUCAUAUACGUUGAUUGUGGAGGCUUUGGACUUCAAUAAUGACUCAAGCACUGGCAGCAUUAAUGGUCAAGUCAUAGAGAAAGCGGUCCAGUCGGGCAUGAUCAACCCAAACCGUCAGUGGCAGGUCUUGAAACACAACGGCCCCGUGGCUCAGUUUCAGUACCAGAUUCGGGUGACCUGCGACGAGCACUACUUCGGCUUCGGCUGCAAUAAGUUCUGUCGGCCCAGAGAUGACUUCUUCGGCCACUAUACCUGCGAUCACAAUGGCAACAAGACCUGCUUGGAGGGAUGGGCUGGCCCAGAAUGCAACACUGCCAUCUGUAAGCAGGGCUGCAGCACUGAGCAUGGCUCCUGUAAAGUGCCUGGAGACUGCAGGUGUCUGUACGGCUGGCAGGGCGAGUACUGCGACCAGUGUAUCCCUCAUCCCGGUUGUGUGCACGGCACAUGCAUCGAACCCUGGCAGUGCCUGUGUGACACCAACUGGGGAGGGCAGCUCUGUGACAAAGACUUGAACACCUGUGGCACGCGGCAGCCCUGUCUGAAUGGCGGCACCUGCAGUAACACGGGACCAGACAAAUACCACUGCGCCUGUCCUGAUGGCUACUCGGGACAGAACUGUGAGAGAGCGGAUAACGCCUGUCUGUCUGAGCCGUGUCUGCACGGAGGCAGUUGUGUGGAGUCCAGUCAGGGCUUUGAGUGUCAGUGUGCGCCAGGCACCACACGACCGUCCUGCAACAUCAAUGAAGAUGACUGCAGUCCGAACCCGUGCAAUCACAGCGGCAUGUGUGUGGACCUGGUGGAUGGUUUUAAAUGCAUCUGCCCCGCGCAGUGGACUGGAAAGACCUGUCUCAUUGAUGCUAAUGAGUGCGAGGAAAGCCCGUGUGUCAAUGCCCACUCCUGCCGGAAUCUUAUCACCUUUGACAUCAAUGUCAACGACUGCCACGGACAGUGUCUUAACGGAGGACUGUGUAAGGAUCUUGUGAAUGGAUAUCGAUGUGUGUGCGCAGCAGGCUUUGCAGGUGAACACUGUGAGCGAGACGUGGACGAGUGCGCUAGUCGACCCUGUCUCAACGGAGGACGCUGCCAGGACGCGGUCAACGGAUUCCAGUGUCAGUGUCCACCUGGUUUCUCAGGGGCCACGUGUCAGCUGGACAUAGACUACUGUGAGAGCGGCCCGUGUCAGAACGGAGCUCAGUGUUUCAGCCUGGCCUCAGAUUACUACUGUAAGUGUCCCGAAGAUUACGAAGGCAAAAACUGCUCCCAACUUAAAGACCACUGCCUCAUCACUCCAUGCCAAGUGAUUGACAGCUGCACGGUUGCCGUGGCGUCUAACAGCACUCCGGGCGGCAUGCGGCUCAUCUCCUCUAACGUUUGUGGUCCUCACGGCCGCUGUCGAAGUCACGCCGGAGGACACUUCAGCUGUGAGUGUCAGGAGCCAUACACAUACACAUAUUUACUCUCAGACAUCAACGACUGUGAAAGUAGUCCCUGCCGUAACGGCGGGACUUGCAUUGAUAAAAUCAACGCGUACCAGUGUAUCUGUGCUGAUGGCUGGGAGGGACACAACUGUGAGAGCGACAUUGACGACUGCAGCAUGAACCCGUGUCGGGAUCGAGGAGUGUGCCGUGAUCUGGUCAAUGACUUUUACUGCGAGUGUGAAAACGGCUGGAAGGGAAAGACCUGUCACUCACGCGAGAGCCAAUGUGACGAGGCCACUUGUAACAACGGGGGCACGUGUUCUGACGAAGGCGACUCAUUUAAGUGCAUUUGUGCUCCUGGAUGGGAAGGAGCUACCUGUAACAUCGCAAAGAACAGCAGCUGCCUGCCGAACCCCUGCGAGAACGGAGCCACGUGUGUGGUGACAGGUGACAGCUUCACCUGUGUCUGCAAAGAAGGCUGGGAGGGGCUCACCUGCAGCCAGAGUACGGCAAAACUUCCUGUUCCACUUCCUUACUACUUCCUAUGUGUGUGCAGCUAUAACAGCGGCACGUGUGUGGACGGUGAUAACUGGUACCGCUGUGAGUGUGCCAGUGGAUUCGCAGGGCCGGACUGUCGCAUCAACAUCAAUGAGUGCCAGUCGUCUCCCUGUGCAUUCGGCUCCACGUGUGUCGAUGAAAUUAACGGCUACCGCUGCCUGUGUCCACCCGGCAGAACCGGGCCCAGAUGUCAGGAAGUCACCGGCCGUCCGUGUGUGGUCGGAGGUCGGAUUGCAGUAGAUGGAGCACAGUGGGCUGAAGACUGUAACACCUGUUACUGUCACAGAGGGAUUGUCAGCUGUACUAAGCUCUGGUGUGGCCCUAAACCUUGCCGGAUGCUUGGCUUGGGACGAGGUGACUGUCCUCUGGGUCAGCUGUGUGUGCCGGUCCGAGAUGAGCAGUGUUUCGUGAAGCCCUGCUCAUCACAGGGCGAGUGCUGGUCUGCUCACCGGCCGGCCGUGAGGACCCGCUGUCACCCCGAGAGCGACUGCGCCAACAUCACCUUCACCUUCAACAAGGACACCAUGCCACAGGGAGUGACGGUGGAGCAGGUGUGUCGUGAGCUCAGGCAUCUGUAUGUGGCUAAAAACCUUUCAGCUGAGUUUUCCAUCUCUAUGAGCUGUGAACUCUCUUCUGCCACCAAUAAUGAGAUCCAUCUGGCCAUCCAUGUGACUGAGGAUGGCAUUCACGGCCAGGUUCCUGUUAAAGAGAUCACAGACAGCAUCAUUGAUCUGGUGAGCAAACACAGCGCGAACAGCUCCAUCAUCGGCUCCAUUGCUGAGGUCCGUGUGCAGCGCAGUAAAGCACAGAACCCCAACGACUACUUGGUGCCACUGCUGGUGUCCAUAGUGACGGCGAUCUGGGUUUUGGUGCUGGCUUCGGUGUUUCUGUGGUGCGUGCGGCAUCGACGCAAACAAAGCUCCACCCCCACCGCCAUCAACCCCGCCGCCCCCUACUCCACGGGAAGCACAGAAGACAACACGGUGAACAACGCCCGCGAGCAGCUCAACCAGAUCAAGAACCACAUCGAGAAGAACGCAUCCAACGGCAGCCUGCCGGGAAAAGAGCUGCUCUGCGACGACAAGAACACCGUCAACGCCAAAAUCAGAACGCAUUUCUCCGAAUCCACCAGACUAGCACAGGAAGACUCCAACAAGCAUCUUCAGAAGACGCACUUUCCACGCCAGCCAACCUACAUGCUGGUGGACAGGGACGACAGGCUGAGCUCCAACGGCACGGAUGUCAAAAAUCCUCACUGGACUAAUAAACGAGACAACAGAGACCUGGAGUCGCAGCACAGAGCUCCGGAUUCACAGCAAAGAGAUCUGGACGCACAACACAGCUUGCACAAAAUGGAGUAUAUCGUAUAGCAGCCGAUCAUCGGCAUGGUAACAAUCAUUGCUACGCGAUGUCACAAAAGGUCAAGCAAAUGAAGACAUCUUUUGAAAUCAGAGCACUGACUGUCGAGUGUCAGGACAAGGCCGGACAGUGUUUGUUCAGACGUUGCGGUCGGACCACAAGCUGGUCUAUUUUAUGGCGUCUGAAGGGCCUGAAGACGUUAACCUGUGCUGAACUUCUAGCCUAAAUUAGAAUGUACAGUAAUUGGCCAAAAUAUGCUCAAUGUGUGAAUCUCACCAAAACAUGUCCAGGUCAAAUUUCAUCCUGAAAUCAUAGACAUUGUUGACAUUUGAAUGACAAUUACAGGCAUAGUUCACCCAAAAAUGACAUUUCUGUCAUCAUUUACUCAACCUCGAGUUGUUCCAAACCUGUAUGAGUUGCAUUCUUUGGUUGAACACAAAAGAAAAUGAUUUAAAGAAUGGUGGUAACCAAACAGUUGACGGUAGCCAUCGACUUACAUAGUAUGGAAAAAAAUAAUAUGGAAGUCAAUGGGUACUGUCAACUGUUUAGUUACACACAAUCUACAAAAUAUCUCAUCUUGUGUUCAUAAGAAGAAAGAAACUCAGGUUCUGAACUUGAGGCUGAGACAGAUUUUGAAUUUUUUGGCGAACUGUCCCUUUAAGCACCUUUUCCAUCCAAAAGUGAAGUACUGCAUUUAUAUACAGUACAGAUAGUGUAAUACUAAGACUUUUUAUGCAAAUCAGGAUACUAUAUAAUAAAAAUUGCUUGAAUGAUGCUUUCUUCUUUUUUUUGUUUUUGUAUUGCAUAAAACUUUUAUAGUGCUAAACAAAGGUUGUAAAAAAAUAUAUUUUGGGAUGAAAUUAGACAUGGAAAUGUUCUUGAGGGUUUCGUGAGUUUCAUCCAAUUGUUGAACUGAACUGCAUGUGCAGAUUGUGUUCAGUGUUUAUAAUGUAGAAAUCAAUGCACCAGAAAUAGCUUGUGAAUCAAUGAUGACUGGUGUAUCUUGUGCUCGAAGAUUGUAUUUAACUCCCAUUUAUUGGGUUCUUGACUGGAUUUUAUUUUCCCGCUCUUUCUAGCAGUUCAUUUUUAUUUAUUCUACUCUUUUUUUUUUUUUACAUGUGUACAGACAGACAGGUCAUGCUUAGAAUUGACUGUCUGUAUGAAGAAAUUCACUGUCAGUUUAGAUGUUGAUGUUGUAUAGAUGUCUUUGUAUAUAUUUUCUAAUUAAUCAUUGUGUAUAUUUGAUUUAUUAACUUAACAAUCAAAAGCCUAUCGUUUGUUUUUAUUUAUAUACAUUCUUUAGGUUUGAGAAUGUGACCGCUCGUGCCCAACCUUUGUAUUUUUAGAUGGAAAAUAUUGUCUCUUAUUUCUGAAAUGCCAAAAGAAUAGUUUAUUUUUUGAAGAAUAGGAUGUUUGUUUGUGUCUAAAUCCAGAAUACAAUGUGCAAUGUCUGUUUCAGAAAACAUGUGCAUGACUUGUGUUUGUAAUGUCCUGAGACGUAGAUGGCUUUCCAUCUAGUUUUAAUACAUACUUUGUCUGUUCAAAUACACAUUUAUAGAAUGUUACUUUAAAACCAUUCCUGAAUAUGUUUAGCAAAUGUUCUUCUCAUAGCUGUUUUAAAUGAAUUUGGCAGCCCAGGAUAUCAAACAACGCUUGUCUAGAGUUUUCUGGUCAACCACAGUAUUCAAAUGUACUUUAACCAAAAAGGGAACGAGCAGUGUUAGAAGUGCAAUGCUUGUACAGUAAUAUGAAAUAUGAAGAAAACAGAACUGAAUGUGAUACACAAGACAAAAAUUAAAUCAAAAUCACUCUAGUAGGCCACUUUUAUUAAUUGUACAUUACAGUCGGACUGCUGGGCUUUUUUUAGUUCAGUCCCACUUAAUUCGUUGAAUUGUUUUGUUUUGUUUUGUUUUUCUCUUCUUGUGUUUAUGAGAUCCUUCUAUGAAAAAGCAGAACCAUAAAAAAAACAGAUCAUCCUGGGGUUUAACAUAAAUUUAAA